UCUCGAUCGAUAAAGUAUUUAUUUAAAUAUAUAAAUAAAGGUCGUGAUCGAGUUACGGCUGGCUUUUUCAGCAACGUCAAUGCCGAUGGGGUAAACAAAGAAGUAGAUGAGAUCAAGAUGUAUUAUGAUUGUAGAUAUGUGUCUCCAUGUGAAGCUUCAUGGUGCAUAUUUAGUUUUGAAAUACAAUAUAAAAAUCCAUCCGUCGAGCGACUUAGCUUUCACUUCCAUGAAGAGCAACCUAUUCUUUUUUCUGAUGGCGACCAAUUGGAUAAAGUUCUUGAUCGAAAAAGUGUGAAGGAUAGCAUGUUUUUAGCUUGGAUGGAAGCGAAUAAGAAGUACCCUGAAGCAAGAUCGCUGACAUAUGCUGAAUUCCCACAGAAGUUUGUUUGGAAACAAAAAACCAGGGAAUGGUGUCCAAGAAAGAUGGCAUUUGCUAUUGGACGAAUUUAUUAUGUUCCACCGGGAAGUGGCGAGUCGUAUUAUUUACGUUGUCUUCUCAAUCACAUUCGUGGAGCGACAUCAUUUGAAGAUCUCAGAACAGUUCAAAGUGUGAUAUACAACACUUACCGUGAAGCAUGCUAUGCCAUGGGAUUGUUGGACGAUGAUAAAGAAUAUAUUGAUGGCAUCCAUGAGGCAAGUCAUUGGGCAUCUGCAGUUUCUCUGAGGAUAUUGUUUGCAAUUUUAUUGUUGUCCGAAUCAUUGAGCAGACCGGACAAGGUGUGGGACAAAGUAUGGAAAUACUUGGCAGAAGACAUCCAGUAUAGGCAGCGCCUACUAUAUCAACAUCCAGAUUUGGUGUUGACCGAUGAACAAUUGAAAAAGUUUGCUUUGGUUGAGAUUGAAUAUUUAUUACAGAGUCGUGGCAAAAGUCUUCGCAAUUUUCCUCCAAU